AUGGACCCAGACAAGGCAGCAAAGAUGUUUGUAGAUUGGCAAAAAUGGAGAGCCUCCAUGGUUCCUCCAACUGGGAUCCCAGAAUUGGAAGUGAAGGAUGAAUUAGAAUUCAGAAAGAUCUGUCUUCAGGGUCCAACCAAAUCAGGACACCCUUUGAUGCUUGUCAUAACCUCUAAGCAUUUUCCUUCUAAGGAUCAAAAUAACCUCUCACUUAGAUUAGUAUCUAUAAACUUAUCUUUUGUGUUUGGUGUUGCAGAGUUCGUUGUUUAUGUUCUAGACAAAACUAUUGCAAGUGGCAUCAAAGGCAAAGAAGUAGGAGAUGAGAAGUUAGCUGGCGUUAUUGAUCUGGCAAACAUUACAUACAAGAACCUUGAUGCUCGUGGAUUGAUCACCGGCUUUCAAUUCUUACAAUCUUACUACCCGGAACGCCUUGCAAAAUGCUACAUCUUGCAUAUGCCCGGAUUCUUCGUGGCCGUCUGGAAAUUCGUCUGCCGCUUUCUAGAGAAAGCAACUCAGGAAAAGAUUGUGAUAGUAACGGAUGAAGAAGAACAGAGAAAAUUCGAGGAGGAUAUCGGAGCAGAUGCUUUACCGGAAGAGUACGGUGGCCGAGCUAAGCUCAGUAGCUCACAGCAAUCCAAGAUGUUCUUCUUCCUCAGACUGCUCCAGUAACUCUAACAAACAAUGUCUGACUCUUUAACUUUUGGAAGCAUUAACCUGAAACCCCUAACCCCUGCUUUAAUCUACUUGACUAUUAUUA